AUGUACACCCAAUACAAGCUAUUGGAUCUGGUGGAGGGGAAGGAGAAGAUGCCGGAGGUCGCGGAGCAGAAAGGAGCGUGGAUGAAGCGAUCGUUCUACGCAUACAUGCUCAUGGUGCAAGCGGUUGGCGGGCGACAACUUGACCAUAUCAAGGACCUUUUGGCGAUCAACCUCAACUCUCAGCAGCCCCAGUGGAGCGUAAAUUACAUUCGCGCGCGCAUCCUAGAGGAGGACUUGCAGCGGCGGAGUGUGGAGCGCUUGGAGGAGGGGGCUGGUUAUGGAGUUGAAGGUGGAAAGAGCGGCUUCAAGAUGAAGUGGAGGUGUGCUUCUACUGCAAGUAGCGCGGACAUCAUUGGCGGAAUUGCUACCAACGACCCAAGGAUUGGACCCCGCCUUCAUCAAGCAACCAGCGUGGUGGCACGUGGAGUGGGGGAAUCAUGGGAGCUAGUGGAGGGGAGAAGGAGAAGGAGAAAGGCAGCAAAUCUGAGGAGCGGAAGGUCGGGUUCUUCUUCUUCGUGA